AGAAAAUGGAAGCUGGAGGAAGUGUUUUUGUUUGUCUGGUUUGACAAAAACGGAUGUUGUGUGUCUCUCGAAAACAAAGGAAGCCAACCGAGGCCUCAGUUCAUCCACAACAGUGUUGAAUGAAGCUGUAUCUCUGGCCAUAGCUGCCCCUCGGCAUUAUGGGUAGUGCGUCGUCAAAGUUCCGCAAGCACCUGCAGAAUGGGGAUGAGGUGGCGGCCCUCCAUCUGUACAACAACAGCGCUGAUCUGCGCAAGGGGAUGGAUCCAAGCUCUUCAUACGGCGACUCUCAUCAGCACGAGACUCCGCUACACUAUGCUGCGCGGCAUGGCAUGAAAAGUCUGUUACGAAUAUUCCUUCACGACCAUGGUGGAAAUCCAAACAAAACAAACAAUAAACGUGAGACAGCCCUUCAUUGUGUGUGCAUGGAGAAAAAUUCAGAGUUUUACUCUGUGAAAAAACGAAGGGCAGAAUGUUUGACCUUGAUUCUACAGUGGCGUGGAACAACUCUUCAGGAUGGGGAGGUAGAAAAAGUUGACCUUGGUGCUCAAGAUGAGAAGAACAACACUGCUCUCCACUACGCAGCUGCGUCUGGACUCAGAGGCUGUGCAGAGCUCCUGGUACAGAGUGGCUGUCCGCUGUUUGUUGAAAACAUUGACCAGGAGACCCCAUGUGACAGUGCUGAGAAAAGUGGUCAUGGAGAAAUUGCUCUGUACCUGGAGUCCAAAAUGGUCUUCUCUAAUGACGGGAUCAUUGAGACAAGUAGUGAGGAGCUGUUAUCUAACUCUUAUAAUGAGCGAGCUGUGACAAGUAGUGAGGAACUUUUAUCUAACUCUUAUAACGAGAUUCUGCAGGACUACAGCGGCCUGCGAGCUCAGGACCUUCAAGAGGCCAAGGACCAGCUCCUGGUGGAGACGGCGGACAUGCUUAGUGUCCCACUCUUCACAGCAGAGGCUUUGCUGAGAAACCAUGAAUGGUCCCGGGAGAUGCUACUUGAAGCCUGGAUGUCUGACCCAUUUGCAUGCUGUGAGAAGUGUGGAGUGACUCCGCCUCCAAGUCUAUAUAUGGACAAACCCUCAACUGAAGACCUGCCCCUUCUGACAACCAGCCAAUCAGAAUCAAUCACAUCUGACUGCAUGUGUGAGAUCUGCACAUGUUCAUUUCUAAGCUCUGACGGACCAGUCCACAUGUCGUGUGAGCAUCAGUUCUGUCGUACCUGUUGGAAAACGUAUUUAAAUCUGAAGAUCCAGGAAGGUGAGGCUCACCAUAUCACCUGUCCUGCUUAUGGCUGCUCUCGUCUGGUUCCUGUAGACAUCAUAGAGAGUGUCGUAUCUCGUCAGAUGGCCCGCAAGUACCUACAGUUUGAUAUACAGGCUUUUGUGGAGAGUAACCCUACCAUUAAAUGGUGUCCGUUCCCUGGCUGUGGCAACGCUGUGCGUUUACCUGAUCUCGAAGGUCCGGCCUCCCCAAAUAUCCUCGUUACUCCCAGCAUUCCAGUGGAUACGUCGCGUGCAGUUGACUGUGGCAAUGGCCACUAUUUUUGUUGGGAGUGCCUUGGAGAAUCCCACGAGCCAUGCAGUUGUGGGAACUGGAAGACUUGGCACGAGAAGAUCUCAGAGAUCAAACCAGAGCAGUUGUCCUGCACAGAAGUGGAAACAGAGACGGCUGCUAACUUCCUCUGGCUGGUUACCAACUCUAAGGCCUGUCCUAAUUGUAAAUCUCCUAUACAGAAGAAUGAAGGUUGUAACCACAUGAAGUGUACCAAGUGUAAACAUGACUUUUGCUGGGUGUGCCUGGAGCCGUGGAAGCGCCAUAACUCAAGCACAGGCGGUUAUUUCAAGUGUAACCGUUACGAGGUAGUGAAAAAGGUGGAAGAGGACACAGCCAAUGCUGUCUCUGAUGCAGAAGCAAAGAAUUCCCGAAUGCAAGAGCUGAACAGAUUUGUUCAUUAUUACUCCCGCUUCAAGAAUCAUGAACACAGCUACAAGCUAGAAGAGCCACUCCUUCACACCGCUAAAGAUAAGAUGAUGAAGCUGGCAGAGGCCGUCACAGAUAUAGCUACUGCCAAUGAGGAGACGCGAUUUGUAGAGGAGGCAGUGCACCAGCUGUUAAAAGCGCGUCGCGUCCUGAAAUGUUCAUAUGUGUAUGGAUAUUAUCUAGACGGACCUGGCUACAAGAAGAUCGUGUUUGAAUUCAUGCAGACAGAGCUGGAAGAGUGCACGGAAAUUCUGUCACAGAUGGUCAACAGGCUUUACCUGAGGACGCCGCGCCGCAAGAUCAUUGAACAGGCAACCAUCGUUCAAAGAAAGCGCCAUGAGUUCAUCUCGGCCAUUGCCAAAGGACUUGUGCCACCAGAAACACCCCCAUCUCUGCGCAAAAAGAAACGCCGGAAGUACAGCCUCGAUAUGGAGGAUGAAGAACUACGGAAAGCAAUUAUCGCCUCAAUACAGGAAGUGGAUCCGGCCAAUCCAUGGAUUAAGGAUGCCUCUGGUCGUCAUACCAACGUCAUGGCUGUUCUUGAUUGGCCAGGCUAUGACAGUGAUGAUUCUGACUCAGAAACACUGCCGCCUACUUCUUUUGGUAAAUGUUUGCGUCCUGAUUGUGACCGGCCUAGAGCAAAAAACCCGCGCACAGGUGCCGCCCAUGAUCACUGCAGUCUCAGGUGUCUACGCCUUGAUCAGCUGGAUAAGCUGGAACAGAAGGAGAAAAAGCCAGAUCCACCUGAAGUUGUGCUGGAUGAACACAUGGAUCUACUGCGAGCACUAGAAAUGUCCAGACUGCAGUACCUGAGAGAUUCAGGGGUGCUCAACUCAAAUGAGAGCCAAGUUGAUGACAGAUCUUCCCACAGGUCAGACGAUGAUGCUCAGCAAUCUCCCAGAAUUCCACAUUCCUCUUCUCCCACGGUCCUCUCUCCCCCUCCCCCAGGGAGGUCACGGGCUAAAGCCAUGACCCCCAUGGAAAAACUGGACUUGGAGCUUCAGCGGGUGUUGGAGAUUUCUUCCAUUAAGCCAGAAGAUAUGGACCCUGACUUGAAGCUUGCCAUGGAAAUUUCGCUCAAAGAUUCCAAAGGCUCUGGAAGCCCAGCUUCAGACCGAUGCCCUCAUCAUUCCAGGAAGUCCAGCAACAGUCGCUUUAACUUUGAGGACACGACAUCCAGCGUUGUCGCUCAGGUGCCAAACAAGAGUGUCGAGGAUCUCAUCCACAUGGAGCAGCUUCCUAAACUGGCCAUUGAGGAUAUGGCAGGGCCGAAAGACGACCCCUUAGAAGAGUUAGGGGCUUAUGGUGGACAAGGGGCCCAGGCAGUUCCUUUGUUGUGUGCUGGAUCUUCUGGGUUGUCAGCAGGUGCUUCAUGUCCAAAUCCACAAAGUCAUCUUCUGCUGUCUGGAGGACCUCAGGCUGUUCCUCAAGUCAGCAGAAGCAGUAGCAAAGCAAUGUCGGCACACAGCAAGGCAAUGUUGGAGAGUAACGUUGCAUUUCCAGCUAGCCAGUCAGAAUUGCCCGUAAAAGACCAGGCAAUGCCUUCCCAUGACGACACCGCUGCAACUCUGCCUGAGAGGAAAGUGGGUUCAAGACUAUCAGAUUCUAGCUUUGGGAUCAUAAAGGACCUGGAUGUGACGAACAUUCAUGCUGGAGACGUGGACAAAACAAAAGAAUUCUUAGCCAAAGACAUUAGCCUUUUCCCAAAGCAGAAGGAGAGUAAAGGAGGCAGAGCUGAUGGGGAAGUUCGUAAAGACAAGAAUGAGGACUCUGUGCAGUUUACAUGCCAAUUCCCACAGCAGUGGAUCACAGACUCUUGUGAUGCAGGGACGGAAAGAGCCUUAUUGGGGCAGGAGACAAAAGUUACGCUUGAUUUUUCGACGUCUGAUCUUUCGUUCAUUGACGCUGAAUCACCAGAGGCAGUUAAAAUGGAUUCAGUUUUCACAGAAGGGAGUAAGAGUGAAUCCGGAGUAUUGUGGUCUGGACGUAUGGCUGUUGAUGCAGACUCUCCAGAACUGCGAGCGGAACAAAGCAGUGUUCAACCUGAGAGACUCGAUAGUCAAACCGACAUGGGUUCACAUAGCGAUUGCAAUAUAGACAAAGCGAAGCUUCUGCAGAUGACAGAGGAUCUCUUGAUAAUGACAGCCGCUCUGCCAAGCUUUGACUGGGACGAGGGAGGUCAAUCCGAGGAAGACAGCUUGGCGUCUCGUCACGGGCAUGCAGAAGCAAGCACCAUCACCCAGAGAGCGAGCAUGGCGGAAUCAGAGCCUAGCGAAGUUGAGGAAGACUCAGACUCCCGGGACUGUGUUGACCCCUCACGAGCUCCUGUCCGAAGUGAUAUACAGAGGGUCAGGAAUCCUUUUGUCCCCACUAGGGCCAGCGAUCCUAAUGACCUUGAACAUUCAAACGUUACAUCCCAGGAUGACCUUGACCCUUCAGAGGUCACUGACCCCAAUGAACUUGCAUUGUCCAGUCAUUCUUUCUAUGUGUGAAUUCUCUGCGUGUGAUAAAAUGCUCAGCU